UUGAUCAGAAAUGGAUUUUAUCAUCAGUUAAAACCGGAACAUUUGUUGGUUUAUUCGUUUCAGACUUCUUGUGAUGGCAUCAGAGGAGGAAAUUAAUCUCCUGGUUAUCGUUGUGGAUGUGAACCCUAUAUGGUGGGGUCAACAAGCUCAACGUGAGCCAGAGUUCACUUUGUCUAAGUGCAUGGAUGCAGUCAUGGUGAUGGGAAAUGCUCACACAGCCAUGAACAGGACGAACAAGCUGGCUGUCAUCGCUAGUCACUGUCAGGACAGUCACUUCCUGUAUCCCACUAAGAGUUUGAAACAUGGGGACGGUGGCGACGACGCAUCCUCCAGCAAGGAUGGAAAAUAUGAACUCCUGUCUGUCGCCAACAACAUUAUUACGGAAGAGAUCAAGAACCUUAUGACCAAAACUGAAGUGACAGGAAACUCAACUGAUACUCUGCUGGCGGGAUCCCUUGCUAAAGCCCUCUGCUAUAUUAACAGGGUCUCAAAAAAGAUGGAAGUUGGACAGGACGUUAAAUCGAGGAUACUGGUGAUAAAAGCAGCUGAGGACUGUGCCCUGCAGUACAUGAACUUCAUGAAUGUGAUUUUCGCUGCACAGAAACAUAACAUCCUGAUUGAUGCCUGUGUGUUGGACUCAGAGUCAGGACUCCUUCAGCAGGCUUGUGAUAUAACUGGAGGAGUAUAUCUGAAAAUACCACAGAAAAUAGCCCUGGCACAGUAUCUGCUGUGGGUGUUCCUGCCCGACUCGGAGCAGCGCACUCAGCUGGUGCUGCCGCCACCUGCUCACGUGGACUACAGAGCCGCCUGUUUCUGCCACCGGAACCUCAUCGAAAUUGGUUACGUGUGCUCGGUUUGUUUGUCAAUUUUCUGCAACUUCAGCCCCAUUUGCACAACAUGCGAGACUGCAUUUAAAAUCCAACUACCACAGAUGGUCAAGCCCAAAAAGAAGAAAAUGAAGCUGCCAGUGUGAUAUCUGAUAUGGAUUUUUUUUUUGUUACACUUGGAUAAAACUACUUUGUUUGUACAGAUUUGUAAAAUGUUGAUGCCUGAGAGGCAACAGACCUGUCAACAUCUCAGCAAUGACAGAUUUUACAUAAACA